UCACGCUAAUCCUUUCUGUUUCCCUUUCAAUCUAAAGAAAAAGAAGAAAAGAAAACCGCUAUUGUUUUAUCAGAGCAUUCGCGUCAUCUAGAAAAUCAGAAAGAAAAACUCUGUAACGGCUUGUCUUCUCUGCGCCACCUUUUUUCUCGAGCCUAUUCCAUUUUUCUACAUUGUUGUUUCUACGAUCAGAUCGAUUUUCUCUGAGAAAAUCAUGAGGUCUAAACAGCAAUUUCCCGUCAAUAUCAGGUUGAUUUUACUAACUCUCUUCUUCCUCCUCAUCCUCCUUGUCGUCGUUGUGAAAACAAACUUGUCAUCUUCCCAAGAGAACCCGGCAUACACAUCUCAGACCCACGUCUCAACUUCACAAGAAAACCCCAAAAACGAAGAUGAUCAGCCGAGAUCCGUAACAACGGAGAAGACCUCCGGAUUCCCAUUCUCCACUCCGUCCUGCACGAAAACCCCACCGUCGUUAGCCCACGCUCUGAUCCACUACGCGACUACAAACAUAACCCCUCAACAGACCAUAAAAGAAAUCUCGGUGACUCAGAAAAUUCUAGAGAGAAAAUCCCCCUGCAACUUCUUGGUCUUCGGGCUCGGCCACGAUAGUCUAAUGUGGGCGGCGCUUAACCACGGCGGCCGCACCGUCUUCCUCGAAGAAGACAAGUCGUGGAUCGAGCAAAUCAGGAAAAAACAACCGAGUCUCGAGUCCUACCACGUGGUCUACAACACGAAGGUGAACCAGGCGGACGAUCUGCUCGAGAACCGCGCUCGAGAGGAGUGCCGAGCAGUGAGCGACCCGCGAGUAUCCCAGUGCGAGCUCGCGCUCAAGGGCUUGCCGAGCGAAGUGUACGAAGUGGAAUGGGACUUGAUAAUGGUGGACGCUCCGACGGGGUACCACCGGGAAGCGCCGGGUAGGAUGACGGCGAUAUAUACGGCGGGGCUGAUGGCGCGGAACAGGGAAGAAGGAGAAACGGAUGUGUUUGUGCAUGAUGUGGAUAGAAAUGUGGAAGAUAAGUUCUCUUUCGCGUUUCUGUGUGAAGAGUAUAUGAGGGAGGAAGAAGGAAGGUUGAGGCAUUUCACCAUUCCCAGCCAUCGAGCUCGACUGGGUCGACCUUUCUGUCCGUAG